AUGGAGCAGUCUUACUUUGAGAACUUAUUCGCUUUUAUGAAAAAGCCCUCUUCGGUGGCUGAUAUAUCCGGUAGCUUUACAGACGCUGACUGGGCAGUGGACUGGGACACUCCUGCUAAGAAUAUUCCUUCUUUGGGCAAGGAGUUGGAGACGUUUUCUGAAAUUUAUAAAAGACUUUCUUUUUAA